CAGAGCAAGACAAGAAGAUACAGGGUCCGAAUGGAUGAGGAUAAUAGGGCCUCUGAAAAAUCACGUUUCAACCAUAGCUGCCACCACCACUGGCUGUAUCCAACGAGUGCUCGCAAGCCUGUAUCGUUCCGAUGGGGUGGACUAUGGUGCUUAUGGUCACCUCAUACAACACUGCACCGACCACCGUCUCGUUGGCCCGGGCAAGCAGAUUCAUGCCCGCAUUGUCGUCUUGUCCGUCGUCCCUGACAACUUUCUCGCUUCAAAGCUGCUCACUUUUUAUUCUAAGUCGGGUUUUCUUUUCGAAGCCUUCAAGGUGUUCGACAAAAUUCCACAUAAAAAUAUCUUUUCAUGGAACGCAAUGCUCAUUGCUUGCUCUUUACACAAUAAACACGAAGAAACUCUGAAGCUCUUCUCGUCUCUAGUUUCUUCUUCAACAGCCACUGUUGUACCCGAUAAUUUUACGGUUACUUGUCUUUUAAAAGCGCUGUCAUCUUUGCAUCCUGAUUCAAGCUUGGGUAAGGAGAUUCAUGGUUUUGUGCUUCGACAUGGGUUUGAGUGUGACAUCUUUGUGCUCAAUGCUAUGGUUACCUUCUAUGCUAGAUCCGGAAAUUUGAAUCUGGCAAGGAAGUUGUUCGAUGGGAUGUUAGAUAGAGAUAUUGUGUCUUGGAACUCUAUGAUUUCUGGUUAUUCUCAGGCUGGAAUGUAUGAGGAUUGUCUGAGACUGUAUAGUGAAAUGGAAAGUUCGCCCGGUUUGAGACCUAACGGGGUAACGGUGGUAAGUGUCAUGCAGGCUUGCACGCAUUUAAAGGACCUUGUCUUUGGCAUGGAAGUUCAUCAGUUUGUAAUUGGGAAAAAAAUUGAGGUGGAUGCUUCGGUCUGCAAUUCCAUCAUUGGGAUGUAUGCAAAAUGUGGGAGUCUGGACUAUGCUCGAGAACUAUUUGAAGAGAUGAUCGAGAGGGAUGAAGUUACUUAUGGCUCGAUGAUUUCCGGGUACAUGCUUCAUGGGUAUGUUGAUGAAGCAAUGGAUUUAUUCUGGAAAAUGGAAAAACCAGGAUUAAGUACAUGGAAUGCUAUCGUUUCUGGUCAGGUUCAGAAUAAUCGUCACGAGGGCAUUCCUGAACUCCUGCGAAAGAUGCAAGCUGUAGGUUUUAGACCGAACUCUGUGACACUUUCAAGUGUUCUUCCCACUUUUUCAUAUUUUUCAAACCUAAAAGGUGGGAAACAGAUCCAUGGUUAUGCCAUUAGGAAUAACCUUGAUGAGAACAUCUAUGUGGGUACAGCCAUAAUUGACACAUAUGCGAAAGCUGGGUUUCUGCAGGGGGCUCACAAGGUCUUUGAGCGAUUGAGGAGUAGAAGUUUGAUUGUUUGGACUGCUAUAAUCUCGGCAUAUGCAGCACACGGUGAUGCAAAUUCGGCAGUUGCCCUGUUUAGAGAGAUGCUCGUGAAUGGGAUUCAGCCUGACUCGGUCACAUUCACUGCGGUACUGGCAGCUUGUGCACAUGCUGGAGUGGUUGAUGAAGCUUGGAAAAUCUUCGAUGCUAUAUUGUCAGGUUUUGGGAUCCAACCAGUUGUUGAGCAUUAUGCUUGCAUGGUUGGAGUACUUAGCCGGGCAGGAAAGCUCUCUGAAGCAGCUGAAUUCAUUUCCAAAAUGCCUAUUGAGCCAAAUGCUAAGGUAUGGGGUGCGUUGCUCAAUGGUGCAUCAGUUUCUGGUGAUGUUGAACUUGGGAAAUUUGUUUUUGAGCAGUUGUUUGAGAUUGAACCUGAAAACACUGGGAACUAUAUCAUUAUGGCAAAUCUAUAUUCAAGGGCUGGGAGAUGGGAUGAAGCUGAGAGGAUUAGAGAAAAGAUGAGAAGAAUAGGGUUGAAGAAGAUCCCUGGCUGUAGCUGGAUAGAAACGAGCAGUGGACAGCAGAUUUUCAUUGCUGGGGAUGUGUCAAACCGGAUGUCGGAAGAGAUUUAUGAGAUGCUGGAAGGAUUUGCUGAGUUGAUGAGAGAAGAAGGUUAUGUGCCUGUAAAUGAGUUGCAUGAGGAGUGUCUUUAGUUCAAAAUGAAACCUGUGUGAGGGGAGUCUUACAAGUCAAUACGCUGAUUGAUGAAACGUCAGAUGGGAAUAGUUUUUCGCAACUUUACAAGGGGGUUGGAUCUCACAUUGGAUCUGUCCCACUUAGGAGAUACUUUAUUUAUUGAAUAUAAUCCUUUAGAACAACAAACAUGGCAAAGUAUGGAUGCAUGGAUUAUCAAUAGUAUAUCAGUAUCAGGUUAUAGGUGGAGUGCUUAAGACUUAAAAGUAUCCCAUUAUUGUGGGGGGAUUGAGCUAUUGCUGUUGAUCUCAGUGAUUGAAAUAGAAGCUCUAACAGGUUGUUGCUGGAACAUGGAAAUUAGGUAGUCUGAUUUGGUGAAAAGUGGAGUCAAAGAAGCUGCUUGAGGAUCCAUACAUGAAUUUUUGGGACAUUAAAUCUGGUGGUGUCAA